AUGGCCUCGGGCAAUAGAGUUACUGCCGUUCCUAGGCAGCUCUGGUCCAUGUUGUUCUAUUUCGUACGACUAGCCAGAAGCGCACCAACGAAAGUACAGUAUCUUCCUCCGAUGCCACUCAAGCGGUUCAUUGAACGUCGAUCAAAUGGAACAGAUCCAACCCCAGAGAUAUUCUUGGACCAGAUGGAGAACCCGUCGGAGGUCUUCUCAGUGCUAUUGAUCAUUGGCGGCGACAUCAUUCAAAAAGCAAUUGCCCAGUUGGCCGGCGGGAAAAUCACACUGGUGUCCUUCAGUUUCGGAUGGGUUGCGUAUGCUUUUAAUGCGCUCAUGUCAGCGUUUGGGGAUGGCCAACUCAUGCCAGACCCGGAUUAUCCAGCUGUCGUCAUCACUGCCAGCAGUGGGAUCAAGAAAACAAAUUAUUCUUGGGUCCUUGGAAGAUUAAUCAGGGACCUAGAAUUUGAGGUCGCGAAGCAUUUUAAAACCUGGAUAGAGCAGGUUGAGGAGGAUGGCAAGAUAAUUGAUAAAUUGAUAUCAGAGAAUGACUCGGGAAUGUUGAUAACCGUUUUCGAAGCUGGCGAGAACACAGGAGUGCAAAAAUGGGAUAAGUGCUGGGCCUUGUUCUUCAUUGUGCUGCCGACGCAGCUCGUAAUUGCUGCCGUUCCAGUCAUCACAAAACGAAAUUGGUCAAUCCUGUUCCUGACUGUUGUCGGGACAGUUCUAGCCAUCGUUACGGGAUCUUUGCGAGAGUGGAGACUACAGAAGUAUAGUUGCCGCAAAAAGACAUCAGAUACAUACAUUCUUACGCGAGGCAACGGCCAUUCUCACGUUUUUGUCAUUGGGCCGGGACCUAAUUCGGGACUGUAUCUUGAUGAUCUUGCUGGUGCAGCACGAAAAGCUGAUUUUAGAACACGAGUCAGCUCCGUAAUACUAGCAAUUCUUUGGCUAGCCUUUCUCAUCACGGCGGGAGGACUGAAAACCGAUACCUGGUUUCUCCUUGCAGUCGGAGCUAUCGGAAUGGCCCAGAAUAUUCUCGUCGCUGGGUUACCACGAAAGCCAGAUGCUAUAGGCAUCCCGCUGCGGCAGACUAUGCCAACCUUUGGGCGUAGAAAGAUGAAUAAGAACAGGCCCAAGGUGAUGGAUGUUCUCUUUGAGAUUGAAGCUGAGCUGCCAAAAAUUGGACUGGCUAUUCGGCGAGAAUAUUUCCCCGAUUAUGCCCUUCGCGAAAGGGAAAUUGAGCGGUGGGAUAAAGCAGAAGCGCGCCAGAAGGAAAUUAAGCAGUGGAAGGAGAAGGCUAAGGGAGCGGUUAAGUCGGAUCCGAGGCGGAGGAAGGGCCAUAAUGGACGAACUGUCUUCGAGUUAAAUUCCCCUCCAGCUAUGAAAAGCUUUUCCAACGAGGGACUAGAGGAGUGCUCCAGCCGGUGAGUAUACAGGUAGAAUGUUUAGAAGUGAGUGGUCAG